UCUUUUGUCUGUAACCCAACUGUAUAUAGGUAUUGGUAUUAAUACCGAGGAAUUUCAGGAUCGCGAUUACCAUGCAUCUCCCUUCCUAGACUCUCACGAAUACGGUUAACUAAUGCAGGCACAACGUAUAUAAUGGUCUAAAUGGCCCGUGCCUAUACACAGUUAGCUUCCUUACCCCUUCACAUGUCAGAAAGUUGAGUUUCCGUCAUUCCCGUAAUGCUGGACGUUGUUAAGUGACGUAAUAGACAGGGUUACCCCGAUUUUAGAUCUUGACUGGAUCCGGUGAAGCUUCUCGUCAUUGAAGCGUCAGUGAAGAAGGUACUCUAGGUAAACCGUAUUAUUAAAUUUGCUUCGAUUGAUUUAUUAAAGAUUUGAUUCUCAUGGUCUUUUCUUCUUUCGAUGUUUUUUAAGCACACAUCUCUUUAGCUUUAUUGAUAGCUUCAUAUACGGCGUUCAAAAGUGAUCCUUCGUUCUGAUGAUCCGUCAUGGCGUCGACAUCCGAAUUUCAACGUCAACUCAAGAAUUUGCAUAAUCCGGUUGCUCAUCCGUUCCAAUUCAUAUCCGAUAUACUCCAAUGGCAAUUUCAAUUUUUCUUUAACAUCUUCCAAUGGUUCGCCAACUUAUUCUUCUCCCCAACUCCUCCGGGGCCGAGCACCCGGUUAGGAAGACCUAAAGUUGCCAUCAUUGGUGCUGGUAUUACCGGAGUGACAUCCGCAGCUCAUUGUAUUGGUCAUGGAUUUGACAUUGAGAUUUUCGAGGCGGGAGAUAAGAACAGCCUAGGGGGUAUUUGGAGCAAAGUCAACAACACCUCUAGCCUCCAAAUCCAUUCGUUUAUGUACCGGUUUCACCCAUCUAUAAAAUGGCGUCAUGGGUACCCGGACCGACAGCAGAUCAUUAGCCAGGUUACUCAACUAUGGGAGCGAUACGGCCUGGACACGAGAACCAAAUUCAAUACCAAGGUGGACAAAGUAUACCAAGAUGCUAAGGGCCGCUGGGUUAUUAACAAUCCUGCCAACGGUAGAUUCGAAGGUGUCAUCGCUGCUGUAGGAACUUGUGGUGAUCCCAAGAUGCCUCGUAUGGAUGGCAUGGACCAAUACAAAAACCCAAUCUACCACUCAAGCCAAUUGACUGGAGUUAAUGCCUCGGGCAAGUCGAUGAUCAUCAUUGGUGGUGGCGCAUCAGCAGUUGAAGCUCUAGAAUAUGCUUCCGAAGAGGGUGCAUCGAAGGUUUAUAUCCUAUCUCGUAGUGACAAGUGGAUUAUUCCCCGUAACUGGAUUAUCGAUAUUAUCCUCUCUUUGAAUAUCUGGGGGCAGGAGACAAUGCUAUCCGCUAUUCCGGAGGCGCUGCUGAAGAAAUUCUUCUACCGAGACUUGCAGGAUUUGGCUCCAAAUGAUAAGGGCAUAUUUAUGGAUACUCCUAUGGUCAAUUCCGAUGUCAUGGACAAGCUCCGUUCCGGGCAAGCUGAGUGGAUACGAUGCGAUAUCGAGAACUUUACCGACACGGGUGUCCUUGUCAACAAGAGGGAUAAAGGAGUACCUAAGGGAGGUCCUGGUAAGCCGGUGAACAUUGAAGGCGACAUGGUGGUUAUGGCGACUGGAUACAAGAGACCUUCAUUAAGUUUUCUUCCCGAUGAUUGCUUCAAGGAGCCAUAUGGACCGCCAAACUGGUACCUUCAAACAUUCCCUCCACAACACCCGUCUAUUUCGGCCAUAAAUUGCACAUAUCUCUCGGCAAUCGGCACUGUUGGUAAUUGGCAUAUCGGCAUAUACACACGAAUCCUUCUCAUGUUCCUCGUGGACCCCUUAACCCGACCAGCCACAUUCUGGAUGGAGCGUUGGAUCGAUAUGACCAAGAUUUUGAAGGCGACUUCCCCAACAGGAGCUUUUGAUUUCUUCACAUAUCUUGAGCUGCUCUGGUGGUUCUUCUUCUGCGUCACCGUCAACCCGUUCCGAUGGAAGUGGGCAUUGUUCGUCUUCUGCGGGUUGGGCUUCGCACUACCUAAGCAAGUGGUAGAGGCCGAAGAUCAUAUCCGCAACGGUUUCGGAACGGCCGAAGCCGACCAGGGAGGUAGAGAUGUUGGUAGAAGUUUCUAGGGGGAUGGCAUGAGCGCCUCUCU